AUGUAUUUCAAUGCCCUUCACAACAUAUUUAUUUCCAUAUUUAUGCACGUUUCCAAUUCCUUUGUAAAAAGUUGCCGUCAAAUGAUAUUGACUAAACUUUUAUUAUAUAAUGUUGAUAUUCUUUUAGACAAUGCUCCUUUUUUUGGUGGUAGAUCAAAUUUGGUUUUAAAAACCAAUGAAUUGCAUGUGGAGGAUUCGCUAACGUUUAAAAUUGUUUUCAAGCCGGAGAUUCGUCAUUCAACCUUGUUGGUGAUCGGUGAUAUUGCGAAAUACAUAGCAUUGGUGAUAUUGCAAGAUGGUACUUUGCGUGUUGGCACUGAAAGCAACAAACUAAAAGCUGGACAUGUCUUAAUGGGUGGUUGGAACACAGCAUCAUUUAAACUCACAGCUGGUAAAAUCACUGUCAAAUUAAAUGGUAACAGUUAUGAAAUGAACAAGCCUGGUGAAAUACCAGCCUUUGUUGAUUUAACGGUUGGUUAUAUCAGUAACAUUAACAGUUUCACAAAUUAUGAAGCAAACAUUGGCGUUAACAAAGGAUUUAGAGGGGAAGUGUUGGAGAUCACGUUCAACAAGAAGAAUAUGGGUUUGCAUUUUGGAAGCACCGAUUACAAAUCCAGCGCAAAAAUGCGAGAGUAUGGGACGUUGAAUAAAAAUGUCGUCCCCUGAAAGGGAAUUUAAGUAAAUAUUGGUUUUAUUGAAAGAAUGCUACUAAUUCUAUCAUAUGCAAUCUUGUUACGAAACAGAA